UACUUCCAGACCAAAAAUGGGUACAAUGGAGCUUCUCAAUGUCGAACCUUUAGAGCUCAAAUUCCCAUUUGAAUUAAAGAAACAGAUAUCUUGCUCGAUACAGUUAUCGAAUAAGACCGAGAAUCAUGUAGCUUUUAAGGUGAAGACGACCAAUCCAAAGAAGUAUUGCGUUCGUCCGAACACGGGAGUAGUUUUGCCUCGAUCAACAUGUGACGUAAUAGUAACGAUGCAAGCUCAGAAGGAAGCUCCUCCUGACAUGCAAUGCAAGGACAAGUUUUUGCUUCAGAGUGUAGCUGCAGGCCCAGGAACAGCUCCAAAGGACAUUACUCCGGAAAUGUUCAGUAAGAAUUCAGGGCGUGUUGUGGAAGAGUGCAAAUUAAAAGUGUUGUAUCUUCCCCCACCCCAACCACCUUCACCCGUUCUUGAGGAACCCGAUGAAGGAAUGUCACCAAAGGUGUCCUUCACAGACAGCACGAUGAAGGACAGCACGGUGAAGGACAGCACGGUGAAGGACAGCACGAUGAAGGACAGCACGAACCUCAACUCAUCUCAGUCAUCUGAGGCUCCAAGACAAUAUGUGGAUUCUCAUGAUAAAUCCUCAGAAGCAAGAUCUAUCCUUACAAAGUUGGUUGAAGAGAAGAAUGCUGCUGUUCAACAAAGCAGCAAAAUUCAACAAGAAAUGGAUCUGUUGAAGCGUGGAGGCAACAAAAGUCAAGGGGGUGGAGGUGUCUCGAUCAUGGUUGUUAUCGCCAUCAGCUUGAUUGGUCUAGUUCUGGGUUACCUCAUGAAGAAGUAAUCAACCCAUUUCAACCCUCUUUUCUAACUUCAAAUUCAUCAAAAACAACUGGUGUAGAAAAGAGAA